GAGGCAGCACCACGCCGAGGAACCCGCACCGGAUCCUCCAGCAGGAUGUGCAGCCUGGGGCUGGCUGGUGCCUUUGCCCGCCGGGCGUCCCUACCUGAAAAACCUUUAGCGAGCCACGCGGCGCGGCUGGCCUCGCAGACCCGGGCCCGUCCCGCCGGGGGAUGCCCUAAACUCUCUUCAAGCCCUGCGGUACCUCGCGGACGCGCGGCGCGCGGGGGACUACAGUUUCCAGAGUGCCCUGCGGCGACGGGCGGAGCCGGGGAGUGCCCGCAGCCAAUUAAGGGGUCUCCCGGCGCUGCCGGGGAGCGGCAGGUGGAGCCGGGCCGUGGGUGGGCGCGGAGCCAGGUCCCGGGAACGCGUCCCGGGGCUCGCUGGCUGGGCGGGAGUAAGGCGCGAGCGGGGCGGGCAGUCGGGAGGCGGCCCCGAGGACGGGACCGAGCGGGGGCGGGGACCGCGGCCGCCUGCGCGGUUCCGGGUGCUCCCGCCGCGCGCAGCCCGGGGCGCACUUGACCGGGGUCGGGCUGCGGGGAAGGGCGGGUCUGGGG